AUGAACCAGUCUUCUGUUUCCGGCCAGCAGCCGUAUAUCAUGCCCUCCAGUCCUGCCGCCGCCGGUCGGAAUAGUGCGGACGACCGCCCGAGCAUUAAAAAGGCUCAGGGCCAUGUCCCCGCAUGCUUGGUCAAUGCUUCCGUGACGUAUGUCGGAAACGAUCAGAUCUACGCCUUUGGAGGGUUUGAUCAAUACACCGAUGAAGUGUACAACCACGUUCUGAAGCUGGACCUACAGACCCUUCGUUGGGAAUUGGUGGAUAACUAUGGGGAUAUCCCCGGAGUUCGCAUGGGUCACACUGCGACCCUCUACCAAGGUGACAAACUGAUUGUAUUUGGAGGAGAAAACGAACAUCGCGAAUAUCUGUCCGACGUCGUCAUCUUUGAUAUCCCCACCUCCACUUGGUCACAGCCAGAGAUUCGAGGCCCGAUCCCACGAGGAAGAAAUCGCCAUGCUGCCGUGAUUUACGAGGAUAAUCUGUUCAUCAUCGGUGGAGUGACGGGAGAGCACAGUGUCAUUCUCGACAAUCUGACUUACUUGGAUUUGAAGACCUGGACCUGGUCUCGGACCUGGAACUUCACUCCCCGCUUCGAUCAUACGGCAUGGGUCUGGGGUGGCCGUCUCUGGAUUUUUGGAGGACUUGGCCCGGACAUGGAGCGGACAACCGACAUCUGGUGGCUCGAUCUCAAAAACUCUCCGUCUCUUGGAAUCGCGGCGUCACAAGGUACCGUGGAUCUCCCCGCCAUUCUCAGCAACAGAAUGACUUAUGACCCAGGCGCGACUUCAAGUAAUAGUCCGUCGCAGCAGCUGCCCGGUCGGUCCGGUAGCUACGCACCAAACUCUGGCAGUGUCCAAGUUCGCAAUUUGAACCGGCGCAAGCCCGCUGCUCCAGGCGCCGUAUCCUCCCUUCGGUUUCAGUCAGGUCCUCACGUUCCUGCACUGUUUUCGGGGACUCAUUUCCAGGCGUAUGCCUCGGGCGUGCUUCUCGAUCUGAUUACUCCAUCUGAGACUGUGCGAACAUAUGAGUGUAAUUUAUCUUUGUUAGAACUCGAUACCUUGCGCUGGCAAAGGUUGGCAGAUGGACACGAAAUCUUCAAACCGGGUUAUCGGUGGCACUACUGCACCGUUAAUACAGAUGGCACAAGAGCUUGGUUGCUUGGGUGUGACCUAAACGCCGGAGCUGGACAGGGAGCCAGCGAUGAGAACCACAUGGGUGAAAUCCUUUGUAUUGACUUGAAGAGAUACGGGCUACUGGGAAACGAGAUGGGGGCCAUCUCACCGGAUCAACGAAAGACACUGGCUUCUGAAUCCGAGCCCUCAUCUCUUUCGGGCCUGGGGGCAGAUUUAGCUGCUGUCUUCGAUCAAGCACCAGAAUCUGGCAGCGGUGCUGACUUUAUCAUUACCGCUAACCGCGAUGAUGAUGGAGACCCGGAUGCCAUGGUAGAUGCCUCGUCCUCGUCACAGUCCGAGACUACUUUCCUAUCACCGAAUGCGGAUACGUCGCCUCCGAUUCACGUUCAUCGCAUUAUCCUGCAGCUGAGGUGGCCCCAUUUCAAGCGACUCUACUCCUCCAGAAUGGCAGAAUAUCACGCAAACAGGAUGCAUAUCCCUGAGCCCUACUCGGUCGUCCGGGCCUUUCUGUACUACCUUUAUACAGAUAGCAUAUCCGGCCAUCCAGAGUACUGCUCUGACAUAAUCGAUGUAGCAGGGAUGCUCGUGAUGGCAAAUCUCUACGACAUGCCCAAACUCCGUCUUCUGUGCGUAAAUCGGCUAAGUCGCGAACUUGAUGUCGAAAAUGCAGCCAUCGUCUGGGAACGAGCGGGUCGAACAAACGAAGAAUGGCUGAUGCGCCGUGCUGCGCAAUUCUGUCUCGCGCAUUGGGGCCGCAUCGUGCGGACAGACGGCUUCAAAUCUCUAAGCAAACAGAGCAUGAUCGAGCUUUGCGAAGUGGCUGACACUGAGGGACGGAUCAUAACAGGAUCCGAACUGGAAAUGGUGGGUGUCUGGGGGACGGAUGCGCUUGGUUUGAAUCGGGAUCUUAAGCGGCAGCAGCUGGCGCUUGGUAAUGCUGGUAUGGAUGAGGAUGAUUAUGACGGGGAAGAUCUCGAGGGGAUGGAGAUUUCAUAA